GACUACUUCCGAGGAAGAAAAAAUGCUCCUCGUGGUCAGACCCCAAACGACACCGCCCUCGCCCCUCUGUUGCCUUUCACCCUCACCCACUUCCCUUCCCCUUCUCUUCUUCCCUUUCUAGUUUACAAGCUCAAGCUAGAUUCCAGUUUCCCCCUUGUUUGUUAUUUCCAGUUUCUUGCUUCUGUUUGACCGAUGAUUCCGAGCUCGUCUAUCUAUUCAUGCUUGUUCCCACUUCGACUCCUAACAUUGCAGCAUUUUGACUACCGCAGCUUCCUUCACCUAAAGGUCUCUCUCCACUGAGAAAACGACAUCGUUUUUGUGAAAAUGCAGUGUUUGGCUUCUUGUAUAAAAUUAACAAACCAAACUGACUCGAUUCGGUCGAAUUCGAUUCGUUUUCUCUCUGAUUUUGGUUUGAUUUCCAUUUUAUAAAAUUUCUAUUAUUUAAUUUCUAACACACCAUUCGAGUCGAUGACCUGCCAGUCUGCAACUGGGAGAGUGAGGGCUAUAGUUGGCAACGGCUUGAUUCUAAACUUCAUAGCAAAAUCGAUUAUCACGCUCUAAAUUCUACUCUGCCUCUCUAUAAACCAUCAAAAACAGAGCAGAAGCCGAGAGAGAAAAGCCGCAAAAUGUAUAAGACGAAGCUGCAGGAGCUGUGCCACCAGAGAGCAUGGGACCUGCCGGAUUACGCCACCUUGAAAGAAGGACCGGAUCACGAUCCUCGCUUUCAGGCCACCGUCACUGUCAAUGGCCUUUCCUUUCAUUCCCAAUCUCUGGCUAAAUCUUCUAAACAAGCCCAAAAUGACGCCGCGAAGUUUGCCUUCGAUCACUUCUCUUCCUCUGGCUCUUCUCCUCCUCCGCCUGUUUCUUCAAGCGCAAUCGCUGAUGUUAGUAGUAAUCUUUCCUCUGGAGGGACAUUACAAUUUAAAGCACAAGAAACAAAUCAAGUUUUUAGGGGGAAUGGGUCAGCUACAAUAGCUAAAAACGAUGAGAGAUUCGCAGUUUCUUCAAGUGCAAGCGGUGAUUUCAGUAGUGAUCUUUCCUCUGAAGGGAUAUUACAAUUUAAGGUACAAGAAGCAAAUCAAAUUCCUGAGGGGAAUGGGCCGGCUACAAUUGCUAAAAACGUUGAAAGAUUCACAGAUAUGCAGCAUUUGUACAAAAAUCAGUUGCAGAGCUAUGCUCAAAGGAGAAGUCUCACUCUCCCUGUGUAUUCUUAUGAACGUGUGGGUCCUCCUCAUGCAAGUCGCUUCAAGUGUAAGGUCACAAUUGAUGGACAAACCUAUGAGAGUCAGGAGUUCUUUCCCACAUUAAGCAAGGCUGAACAUGCUGCUGCAAGAGCUGCAUUGAUGUCACUGGCACCGAAUGGAGUUGAAGAGGAUGAAUCUGCUUACAAGAACCUUUUGCAAGAACUGGCUCAAAAAGAAUGUUAUCGAUUGCCAACUUAUAGUACAAUCAAAUCUGGUGAAGCUCAUAGACCAACUUUUGUUUCUACCGUAGAGGUAGAAGGAGAGUCGUUUACAGGGCAGGAAGCGAGAACUAAGAAGCAGGCGGAGUUGAGUGCAGCAAAGGUUGCUUACACAGCUUUAAAACAGCAAGAAAGGAAAAGGGAGGGAAGAAGAGGCUGUUCCACAAUUAGGUCACAAGAAAGGCAUGGGAACUCAAGACAGAGCCUUAUGGUUUCUAGUUCUGGGGACUCAAGUCGUGGCCCUAUGGUUUCCUGCUUUGGAAACUCUAGUCAGAGCUCUAUGCCUUCCUGUUCUGGCAAUUCAAGGCAGAGCCCUGUGACUUCUUGUUCAGCAAAUUCAAGUCAGAGUGCUCCAUGCCUAACCCUUCCUCAGCAAGUACAAAAAGUUGUUCAGUUCACUUCUUCUAAUUUGAGGUCGAAUCUCACUGCUUAUCUUCAACAGAAUGUUCAACCUAGAUUGCCCGGGCAUGAUGAAAAGGCUGAAGAGGAUAGAGCGACUACUGAUGUUGUCAGUCGUGAUCCUCCCAUUGUGUCUCCAGGAACGGAAAGCAGCUCAAUUGUGAAUAAAAUUUCAUCUUCACCUGGCCCAACCACAACUUCUUUGCCUGAAUCUUCAUCCUCCUCACUUUCUCAUUCCCCCACCAAUUCAGCUGUAAAUACGGAGCAUGUGGUUGGAAUGAAUAUUUCAUGCCACAAUAAGGUUAUUGUUCAUCCACGCGGGACAAACAUGACAUAUCCUCCAGGCAGCAUCGUGUUGUCCAUGAGCGAUGACAACUGGGUUGCUGUGCAGACAUCGCAAUCCAGCAAGUAAAAUCUAACAGAGCCCAAAAGAAUCCGUUGCCCUUGAGUUUGUCACCUCUUGAAGGGUACUUUGGAUACAAACUAAAUUCAGCUUUACUGAAUGUGUUGAAGAUGAGAGGAUCAAACAGAACCAGAAUUAGAAAUGAGAACAACAUCAACAUAGAAGAAAGAGGAGAGACUCAAAUCAAGUGGAAGUGGACUUUUCUCUUUUUUAUUUCAUACAUAAAAAAUGCUUUUUACAUUUUCAGCUUCAUACAUUUAUUUACACUUACAGUACAUCUUCUAGAGAUUUCAGAAAAUUUUAGCUAACA